CCCCCCCCCACACACACACACACACACACACACCCACACACAGACUGAGCUCAUAGCUGUCACAGGGAUCAUGGCGGCAGUUGGAGCCGGGGUCAUUGGGGUCAUCGGGUCUUGGUCCCUGUCCUCGGGAGUCGUCGGGUCCUUCAUCAUCCUCCUCCUCCUCUCCAUCCUCCUCUCGGCUCUGUGCAGCGAGUGCAGCAGACGUUCAUUUGAGCUUCAAGAUUCAGAGAGGGACGCAAAUCCUUCAACUCUGAUCAGUGUGGUGAAACUUGAGGAGACUUUAACAUCGAGAGACAACCCUGUGAUCAGUAAGAUUCAAAACGAUGAAAAAGAUUUCCGUCCUUCUGAAGGAAACUUAGUGUCGUUCCCUUCCUGGAAGAGCCACCUGGGGGCGCCACAGAAUGGCCAAGAUGUUCUGACCAAUGGCAGUGCAGCAGCAAUGGAAUCAUCUCUUGCUGCUGAGUCCAGGGCUGUGGCGGAAAACUCAGUCCAGUUCACGACGUGGAGGAGCCACCUGAGGGCGCCAGAGCAACAAGAACCCAACCACAUCUACCAUUCCAUCGGAAGAGGGCGGACCGACAGCACCACCGUGACACCGAGGACCAAUCCUGACCAGGAGGGCGGCGACAGAGCUCGUCCUGAUGUAAAGACGCUGGAAUUUAGUGAAUUAAAUUCAGUUUAUGCUCAAGUCAGCAGGAAGAUGAGACAGGCUCCGCCCCCUGUCCAGACACCUGUGGUGGCACAGGUGAGGGAGGGAGAGGAAGGGGAGGAGCCUUCACCUCCGCUGCCUGACAGAGAGACGGAGUGAUGAUGGAGAGAGGGACGGCAGCUAGAGGACAGAAAAAUGAAAGACUAAAGACAAAAAAGAUAAACAUGAGAGACAAUGGAUAUCAGAAAAAAUGGAUUGAUAAGAUUUAAGGAGAAAUUACAGGAGAAGAACAACGCGGGAUAAAUAAAGACAAAGGAUGAGGAUGAGACACAAAGGAAGAGAAGAGACAAAUGAAGGACAAUGAAUGGAGGAAAAAAGACAAGGAUGAAGGACACAUGAAGGACGUGAACACAAGACAGAGACGUGUAAAUCACAACUCAAUGUAAAUAUAAAAUUAUUUGGAUUAAAAAGGGAAGAAACCAGCUUUAAAUCAGAGCCUAGAUUUCCAAUAAUGCAAAUACAGCGUUUUCAUUGGCUGAGAGAUCUUCAUGUGUAAAGUAGUGGAACAGCCCUUUAAAGUUUUAUAAGUUAUAUCGUCAUUAAACUUUUCCUUUGA